AUGGAGGACGACGCCGGCGAGGGCUUCGGUGGCGUGCCGGAUCAGUUUCACCGCAGCGAGGCCAUCUCCGCCGUCCAGGACGAGGACGCCUAUCUUGGAGAGGAGGACGAGGACUACGACGACCUCUACAACGACGUCAAUGUGGGGGAGAACUUCCUCCAGACGCUCCGCAGGGGCGAUGACGCGGGUUUCCCCCGGGAGGCGGAGGUGGAGAAGAAGCCGGAGACAUUGCUGCCACCGCCGCCGCCCCCACCGUUGCCGUUGCCUCAGAGGCCUCCUUCUCUGCCGGUGAUGCAGCAGCCUCCGCUCUUGCCGCCCCCUCCCCCGCUGCAGCAGCAGCCGCCUUCGGUUUUCCCCGAGCGGCCGACGUUGAUCCCUGGCAUCGGCGGGGAUCCUUCGGGUGAGAGAGGCAUCGAUGGAUCGAGGGGGUUUCCUGAGGUGGGAUUCCAAGGGCCCAACGAGCCGGCAGCGGUGAGGGCUCCGGCUUCCGGGUUUGUUGGUCCUCGUCCCGAGGUGGGCCAGCCUUCUGUACGCCCCCCUCCAGUGCCCGGGCAGUAUGGGGUACCAAACUUCCCUGGUGAUGGCUUUCAGAGGCAACAAGCUGCUGCAGCUGUUGGUAUUGGUGCCAGUCCUGCUGGUGCCGUUUCUGGUGGUGGUGCUGGAGGAAAUUAUGGUGUCAAUCUGAAUGGUGGAACCGGUGUAGUUGUCGCUGGCGGCGUUGGUGGGGCAUCAGGUGGAACCAUCCUGUUCGUAGGGGAUCUCCAUUGGUGGACUACCGAUGCGGAUCUUGAAUCGGAGCUCUGCAAGUAUGGGCAGGUGAAGGAGUUAAAGUUCUUUGAUGAGAGGGCAAGUGGUAAAUCUAAGGGCUACUGUCAGGUUGAGUUCUUCGACCCAAUGGCUGCAGCAGCUUGCAAGGAAGGGAUGAAUGGGCAUAUGUUUAAUGGCAGGGCUUGUGUCGUGGCCUUUGCGUCACCAAACACUGUUCGUCGGAUGGGAGAGGCGCAAGUGAGUAAGAGCCAGGCAAUGACACAGGCACAGACACCUCCAUCUCAGGGUAGGAGCAGAGGAGGCGGGGGAAUCGCUGCUGGAGGGAACCAUGGAAGGGGUGGUGGGGGUGGAACUGGUAGUGGUGGUUGGGGAAGGGGGGGAGGAGGAAUGGGAGGAAGGGGUCAGGUUGGUGGCAUGAGAAAUAGGAUGGGGGCGGCAGGAGGAAGGGGCAUAAUGGGAAACGGUGGACUUGUCACACCGCCUCCACCACCGGUACUGCAUCCUGGCGCAAUGCUGGGUCAGGGUUUCGAUCCUACUGGAGCUUAUGGAGCGGCAAUGGGGAGAAUGGCUGGUGCAUAUGCUGGUUUUCCAGGUGGGCCUGGGGGUCCUCCUUUUCCUGGCAUGCUUCCUUCCUUCCCUCCUGUAGUUGCUCCUCAUGUGAAUCCGGCUUUCUUUGGAAGGGGGAUGCCGACAGGUGGUGUAGGAAUGUGGUCAGAUCCCAAUGCGGCUGCAUGGGGAGGUGAAGAACAGUCAAGCUAUGGAGAGGAUGCAGUAUCAGACCAGCAGUAUGGAGAAGUUAGCCAUGGAAAAGAUAGAGUUUCAGAGAGGAGACAUCGAGAUGACAGGGAGAAAGAUGAAGGUGCUGGGAAUGAAUGGCCUGAAAGAAGGCACCAUGAUGAGAGGGAUGCUGGCCGAGAAAGAGAUAGAGACAGGGACAGGGAAAGAGACCGUGAAAGAGAGAGAGAAAGGGAAAGGGACAGAGACAGAGAUAGGCACCGAGAAGACAGAGACAGGCAUGGAGAUCAUCAUAGGCAUCGAGAUGAUGAGUGGGAGAGAAGUAGGUCAUCAAGGACUAGGAGCAGAUCUAGGGAGCAUGAUCAUUCAAAGAGGCGGCGUGUUUCUCCUCGGUGA